AUGGUGCUCAUGGAUAUCGACCCUGUGCGUCGCAAUAGUACUACUACUAGUACUGGAGUGAAGGAGGAACACAAGAGACCAGUGGCGGUACGACGAGGAGUGGAUUCGUAUCAUCGAACCUCUUCCACACGAUUGCGUUCGAAUCUGUUACGCAAGUUGGGAAUCCCACCGUCGUCGACUGCUUUGCGAGUCCAGCAGCAGCAACAACAAAGGAUACCCUCCGCCAAGUCGCUCUUGGGCAAUGAGGUGCAACGACUGCCACUCAAGACAGACGAUCAAAGCGAAAAUGGCAACAGCAACAGCAAGGACAAGGUUUACGAUGCACUGAGUAGUUCGUCUCUUCUCAUGCCAACCUGCUGGUCUCAGCACCAACACCACCAGCCUACUACUACCCACCACAGACCAGCUACUACUGAUAGUACUACUAGCGAUGAUAGUCACAGAAGAAACGUCCACUUUGACCCGCAAGUAAGCGUGGUUUCGAUUCCCCACCGCCACGAGUAUUCCACACGGACGCGGAAAUUUCUCUGGGAAUCACCAGACCAAAUGCACAUCAAUAUUGUCCGCAACACACUCGAGUUUCGCGCCGAUGGAUGGGAUUGGCAUACCGUCUUGGAGGAAGAAGAACAUUAUUACUGUCCACUGGCGCAAGAGUAUAUUCAUCCCAUUCACAUGGAAAUUGUCGACAUGACACCGGAAGAACAGGCAUCCUUGGUGCCGUCGACAUAUGUCAAUCCUGCGCAAAGUUUAUUGGAAAACGUUACCAAUCCUACUACAGCAAAUGCGAGUGUGAGUCUCUCGUCACAACCAACGCUGCAACUGUAA